AUGAAAUUCAUCCUAGAAAAACUCUUUAAUUUUAAUUCUUCUAUUAUUUCAUUAACAUUUAUUACAUCAUUACUCUCAAUUAUUAUUAUUAUACUAAAUUUUUUUUGGAUUAUAACAACUAUAAAUGAAAUUACCAUAAUUUGGAGGCAAUUUGAUAAUGAAAUAGAUGAAAUAAAAAAUGUAGGAAGUGUUCAAUGGUCUGAAUUAAAUUCUUUUACAGUAACUGCUACUCGAGAUGUAAAAGAAAAUUAUAGGCAGUUUGUGAAACGUUAUACUGAAGAAACAAAAAAAAAACAUGAAAAACAUAAUAAUCGUAAUCGUGAUUAUGCUGAACCUGAUGAAACUUAUCCAACUGCUCCAAAUAUGCCAAUAAAUGAGUAUAUUAAUGAAAAAACUAAUGAAAUACCAACGACAAAACCAAAAUAUUCUAAUCCAAAAGUUUCAUAUGAAGGUCAUAUGUUAAGUAAAGUUGUAAGAAUUCAAUCUAAAAAAAAUAAUUGUGCAUGUAGUAAUAUUCCAAAUUUAUGUAAGAAAGGAUUACCAGGAAUACCAGGAAGAAAAGGUAUGAAUGGUUAUGAUGGAGUACCUGGUAUUGCUGGAGUUCCUGGUUUUAAUGCUUUAUCUUCAAUUGAUGUAUGUCAAACAAUGCAGGUGGGAUGUAUUUCUUGCCCACCUGGAAAACCUGGAUCACCUGGUGUACAGGGGAAACGUGGACUUAAAGGAUUGGAAGGAAGAAAUGGUACACCUGGAUGUCCAGGAAAGCAUGGAAUUCCAGGAAGUCCUGGUGAUCAAGGAGAUUUAGGUUUAAUUGGAUAUGUAGGAACAGAAGGAAUACAAGGUUUACCAGGAAAUAAUGGAUAUGUUAUUAAGUCUAAACCAGGACCACCAGGUUUGAAGGGACCUAUUGGUGUUGCAGGAUUACAGGGAGAUGAUGGUGAUGAAGGAAUUCCUGGAAAAAUGGGAGAUAUUGGUUUACAAGGUUUACCUGGCUUACCUGGUAGUCCAGGUGCUGUUGGAGUAGAUGGAAAACCAGGUGAAAUAGGAAAUGUUGGUUCUCCUGGACAAUACUGUCCAUGUCCAGGAAAAUCAACAGAUAACAUUUCUCCUACAAAUGUAAAAAGUUCCAAUCAAAGACAAACUAUAAAUGUUCAAGAAUAUAAUGAGAAUUUUAAUGGAAUGAAUAAUGGAAUGAAUAAUGGAAAUACCAAUGUUAAUAUGCCAAAUAUUGAAAAUAAUAAUCAAAAUAGCGGUUACAAUAUCAAUAAAUCAUUAAAUUAUACUGUAAUAAAUGAUAAAACUCAAAGUUUCCAACCAAAUGCCUCUUCAAUUAUACCUGAUUAUAAUAAUACUCAAAUCACUAAUCAACAAUUUAAUAAUGGAAUGUCUAGUCAAAACAUUACACAAACACAAAUUAUAACUGAAACAAUAUUUAACCCUUAUAAAAAUGUUAAUACAAAUUCCAAUAAAUUUACUGAUAAUAAGGAUUUAAAUAUUUCAACUACAUUAUCUGAAACAAUAUCAGAAAAUGAAAAAAGUCAAUACUUGUCUGGAAAUAUGUAUAAUAAUUCUAAUCUAUCAGAAAAUAAUAAUAAUAAUAAUAUGAAUAAAGAAGAUAACUCAACAAAUAAAGAAUAUUUAAAUAAAGUUGUUAUAGAUACAUCACAAUCUUCAAUGCAUAAUUCACAACUUUCACCUGUACAAGAAAGUAUAUCAAGAUCACAAAAUACAGAAACAGAAGUUUUAAAUACUUCAUACCAAAACUCUCCUAAUCCUUCUGUAAACAUAGAUGAAGUUGGUGGAAAUGUAUCUCCUGGAGAUAAUCAAAAUAAUUAUAAUAAAGAAAGUAGUCAACAGGUAUCAAUGAUAACAAAUACCAAUGAAAAUAAUGCUAAUUUUAUAAAAGGGACUGGAAUAAUAAAUAAUAAUGAAUUUGAGGUAAAUGGUAAUAAUGGAAAACAGACAAUAAUUCAAAAAACAAUAAUAACAGAAACAAUUAAUAGUGGUUAUCCAGGUGAGGAAUAUAAACUUAUAAAUGAACCAAAAAGUCUAAAUCUAACAAUGCAAAAUAAGAUAACAAAUGAAAUUCCUUCACAAUCUGGUUAUAGUAAGAUAACACUUUCUGGAUAUCAAACAAAUGAAUCAAAAAAUAAUAAUCAAAAUAAUAAUAAUAAUGCACCUAUACCAUAUCAACUUCAAUCAACAAAUCCAACUGAAAAUGUAGUUCAUCCACCAGCAAUUCCACAACCAAAUUCAUUUGUAGAAUUUAAUUCAGGAUUAUCUAAUUCAUCAUAUUAUUCAUCAAGAACAAGUGAAAAUAUUAACAAACCUUUAUUGGGAAAUUCAGAAACUAUUACAGUAACUAAUUACAAUCAAGAAAACAUAACACAACAAAUUCAACCAUCACAAAUUUCUCACGAAGAAAAUAAUGAAUAUGAAAAAGAUUUUGUACCAGAAUCUAGUAAUGACAAAAGGAUAGACAGCAUCAAUGAACAAUUGAAGAAUAACAAAACUUAUGAAGCUAUAAAAAUAUUGGAAUCACCAACAGGAGAAUUUUCAAAAUCAUCAAAUGAAAAAAUUAUUUUAAGUUCAACAGACAAUCCUUCCAUAAAAGAUAUACAUCAUAUUGCAACUUCAACAUUUGACAAUUCACCUGUUGAAAGAUCUAAAGUCAACAUUGGAUUUUUACCACAAAUAAAAUUAAUUCCAUACCAAAAUUAUAAUACAACAGGAGUAAAUAAUACAAUUAUACGAGAAACGAUAACAGUAGAAACAUCAGAAACAACAAAAAAUAAUGAAAAUAAAUUUGACUUAAAACAAUUAGGGCCUAAAAUACGUUUAGACAAAGUUGCAAUAUCUUACAAGAAACCAGGACUAAUUGAUGGUCAGGCAAAAAAAUCAUUUGAAAAAAACAAUCAAAAUAUUUCAUUACUACAUGAAGAAAAAGUUUCCGAAAGAGCAAGAGAUUCUGUUGAUAAUAAAGUACUUCCAGAAAAAAUUAUCCAAGCUAAUUAUGAUUUACUAAAAAGUUUGAGAAAAGAACAAUCAAAUGGUGAUUUAAAUAUAAAUAUAAAUGGGCCAAAUAAAAUUUUUAUCAAAGCAAAAGAUUCAAUUGAGUCUUUGACUGAAAGUAAUUUUAAUCCAAAAAGUAUACAAAAACAUGAAGAAAAUGACAAUGGUUAUGAAAUUUUUGCAAGCUUAAGAGAUAGUCCACAUUCUAAAAAUGUUGACUUUGACAUCUCAAACUAUAAAAAAAUAAUAUCAGGAAGCAAAAGUUUAAUACCAAAUUUAAAUGUAUCAAUAAAAAAUAUGGAUAAUGUGGAGGAGAACCUUGAAAAAAGAAACAAAAGUGAGGAAUUCAAUUUGACACAAGAAAAUGAUAAAAAUAUAAAACUGAAAUUUAAAUCUGAUAAAAGUAAGGUAGAUUUAAUAAAAAAUUUAUCUUCAAAAGAUAAUGACGUCAAAAAUGAAUUUACCAAUAAGUCAAACUAA